ACAGACCAGUAUAAAGUCCAAAGAGAGCCACUCAACUUGAGCCAUUCUUUGCACAGCAGCGAUAGGAGAGCCUGCAGCUGUUGUUUGCAAGUGGACCCUUUCUGCAGCCAGACCCUGGACCGCACCUGAACCAGUCUAAACCUCCGUCUGUGCCAUGGUCCACUGAGUCGGUACAGAGAGGCGCUGUGUUGAAACGUCAUAUCCAAGACCCUCCUGGGACAAAGACUUUCCUUCUUAGUCUUCCACUCUAAAAACUUGCACAGGCCGGAGAAGCCGAGGUCAGGUGCCGCCAUGGUGCACGGGGGCCUGUGGGCUCUCUCGACUCUGACGCUGGCCGCGCUGUGCUGGUCAGACCAGGCCAUCCGCUGCCCGGUGUGCUCCGAGGAGAAGCUGGCCAGCUGUCAGCUGCCGGACAACUGCGAGGAGACGGUGCGGGAGCCCGGCUGCGGCUGCUGCCCCACCUGCGCCCUGCCCAAGGGGGCGCAGUGCGGCGUCUACUCGCCGCGCUGUGGCACCGGCCUGCGCUGCUACCCGCCGCGGGGCAUCGAGAGACCGCUGCACUCGCUCAUGCACGGCCAGGGCGUCUGCACCGACGAGAGGGAGGUGGACGAGAACUCGGUGAUGGAGCGGCAGGAUGAAAUCAUCCCUGAGCAUCCAAACAACAGCAAUAUCCGAUGCAGUCCGCAAGACAAGUGGUGCAUACAGAAAAACCUGGCACGGCAUCCACCAAAAUCCACAAAUCAGAGAAGCAACACAGCAAGGGAGGAAGCCAAGGCAGCUCUGGCACCCUGUCGUGCUGAGCUACAGAGAGCACUGGACAGAUUGGCAUCGAAUUCCCGCACACAUGAUGAUCUCUUUACCAUUCCCAUUCCCAACUGUGACAAGAAUGGAGAUUUCCAUGCUAAGCAGUGCCAUCCUGCACGUGACGGUCAGCGGGGGAAGUGUUGGUGUGUGGACCAGAAGACGGGCAUGAGACUUCCGGGCCCACUGGAACAGCGAGGGGAACUGGACUGCCACCAGUUAAUGACUGCAACGCUGAGAGAUUGAAAAUGAGGGGGUUGUGUCGAGGGUACAGAGCAGCUUAGUUCCAUAGGUGCUUAUGAGCUGAUCUAAACGUGGAACCCCACCCCCCCACCCACAGUCACUUCAUUCGGGGCCAAAGGUACUUGAGCUCGUGCAACAAAAGGGAAGAAUUUUGAAAAUGAAAUGAGUUCUUUUGUUGUUUUGUUUCUCUUUUGAGCACUUGUCAGGUGUGGUUUCUACUACGGGGCGCUCACACCCAGCUACGGCCGUAGACAUACACUACAAGCAGUAAAAAUAUGCUGACGAGAAACGUUUGUAUUUUCUGUAGUAUCAUGUACAAACCCCGUUUCCAUAUGAGUUGGGAAAUUGUGUUAGAUGUAAAUAUAAACGGAAUACAAUGAUUUGCAAAUCCUUUUCAACCCAUAUUCAGUUGAAUAUGCUACAAAGACAACAUAUUUGAUGUUCAAACUGAUACUUUUUUUUGCAAAUAAUCAUUAACUUUAGAAUUUGAUGCCAGCAACACGUGACAAAGAAGUUGGGAAAGGUGGCAAUAAAUACUGAUAAAGUUGAGGAAUGCUCAUCAAACACUUAUUUGGAACAUCCCACAGGUGAACAGGCAAAUUGGGAACAGGUGGGUGCCAUGAUUGGGUAUAAAAGUAGAUUCCAUGAAAUGCUCAGUCAUUCACAAACAAGGAUGGGGCAAGGGUCACCAUUUUGUCAACAAAACCACUAGGCCACCUACUCAGUGGCCUAGUGGUUAGAGUGUCCGCCCUGAGAUCGGUAGGUUGUGCGUUCAAACCCCGGCCGAGUCAUACCAAAGACUAUAAAAAUGGGACCCAUUACGUCCCUGCUUGGCACUCAGCAUCAAGGGUUGGAAUUGGGGGUUAAAUCACCAAAAAUGAUUCCCGGGCGCAGCACCGCUGCUGCCCACUGCUCCCCUCACCUCCCAGGGGGUGAUCAAGGGGAUGGGUCAAAUGCAGAGGACAAAUUUCACCACACCUAGUGUGUGUGUGACAAUCAUUGGGACUUUAACUUUAAAUGCGUGAGCAAAUUGUUGAACAGUUUAAGAAAAACCUUUCUCAACCAGCUAUUGCAAGGAAUUUAGGGAUUUCACCAUCUACGGUCCGUAAUAUCAUCAAAGGGUUCAGAGAAUCUGGAGAAAUCACUGCACGUAAGCAGCUAAGCCCGUGACCUUCGAUCCCGCAGGCUGUACUGCAUCAACAAGCGACAUCAGUGUGUAAAGGAUAUCACCACAUGGGCUCAGGAACACUUCAGAAACCAACUGUCAGCAACUACAGUUGGUCGCUACAUCUGUAAGUGCAAGUUAAAACUCUCCUAUGCAAGGCGAAAACCGUUUAUCAACAACACCCAGAAACACAGUCGGCUUCGCUGGGCCUGAGCUCAUCUAAGAUGGACUGAUACAAAGUGGAAAAGUGUUCUGUGGUCUAACGAGUCCACAUUUCAAAUUGUUUUUGAAAACUGUGGACGUCGUGUCCUCCGGACCAAAGAGGAAAAGAACCAUCCGGAUUGUUAUAGGCGCAAAGUUGAAAAGCCAGCAUCUGUGAUGGUAUGGGGGUGUAUUAGUGCUCAAGACAUGGGUAACUUACACAUGUGUGAAGGCGCCAUUAAUGCUGAAAGGUACAUACAGGUUUUGGAGCAACAUAUGUUACCAUCCAAGCAACGUUACCAUGGACGCCCCUGCUUAUUUCAGCAAGACAAUGCCAAGCCACGUGUUACAUCAACGUGGCUCCAUAGUAAAAGAGUGCGGGUACUAGACUGGCCUGCCUGUAGUCCAGACCUGUCUCCCGUUGAAAAUGUGUGGCGCAAUAUGAAGCCUAAAAUACCACAACGGAGACCCCCGGACUGUUGAACAACUUAAGCUGUACAUCAAGCAAGAAUGGGAAAUAAUUCCACCUGAGAAGCUUAAAAAAUGUGUCUUCUCAGUUCCCAAACGUUUACUGAGUGUUGUUAAAAGGAAAGGCCAUGUAACACAGUGGUGAACAUGCCCUUUCCCAACUACUUUGGCACGUGUUGCAGCCAUGAAAUUCUAAGUUAAUUAUUAUUUGCAAAAACAUCAAAUAUCUUGUCUUUGUAGUGCAUUCAAUUGAAUAUGGGUUGAAAAUGAUUUGCAAAUCAUUGUAUUCCGUUUAUAUUUACAUCUAACACAAUUUCCCAACUCAUAUGGAAACGGGGUUUGUAAAUGAAGGUCUAGAAACCAACCGUAGAAUUCAAAGUAAAAAAAGUGUAGUCCAGUUUUAACCAGCGUUGAAAAUAUUAAGAGGAAAAACAAAAAGAAGUAAAGCCAAAAUCUUCUUCCACAACCAGAUGAUAAAAAUUUUAUAACAGCGAGGCAACAGCCUUAAACAAAUUUAAAAAUAUUUAACUAUCAGUGUGCGAGAGCCCAGAAAAUGUUUUAUUACCGAGUGAUAGAUCUUCAAACCCCUCUAUUUGCCAAUGACUUGUCUCUCGAACACAUUAGUCCCAAAGGACUGGAAUACUGGGCUAAAAAAAAAAUACUGGUAAAUUCAGCUGGCUCGUGUGUUUUUUAUACAUGACAUGAGCGCCUAAUUGCAACAUUGUACAUUAGCUUUGCACACCACUCUAGUAUUUCAUAGGCAAGUGUGGUAAAACAUAUAUAGUAGAGUCAAUGCGCCUUACAACAGGUGUGUGUGUGUGUGUGUGUGUGUGUGUGUGUGUGUGUGUGUGUGUGUGUGUGUGUGUGUGUGUGUGCUCGCGCGCGCAGGGGGGGUUAUGUUUGAAACAUUUUGUACAACAGAAAUGCUAAUACCAAUAUAGGUCAAUAUAGCCAUCUGAGAGCCAGAAUGCUUUGCAGCAGGGGUUCUUAACCUACUUGGCCCCGGGGUCCCAACUUUUCCACCACAAAGGGGCCCCGCGGCCCACUCAAAUAUUAGCACUAUUAAAUAAUCAUAUAUUUAACCUACUUACAGUUCACAACCUUGUCAAAUAAGAUGAGAACGUGUGUUAAUCACAAAGAUUAUUAUCAAGACUUAGGUCAGGCUGAUUACAAAAAAUGCAUAGUAAUCAAGUGCACUGCGAAAAAGGGACUCGACGAAAAAUGCAUUUAUGUACCAUCCUAUAAUAUUGAUUAGAGAUGUCCGAUAACAUCGGACUGCCGAUAUUAUCGGCCGAUAAAUGCUUUAAAAUGUAAUAUCAGAAAUGAUCGGUAUCGGUUUCAAAACGUAAAAUGUAUGACUUUUUAAAACUCCGCUGUGUACACGGACGUAGGGAGAAGUACAGAGCGCCAAUAAACCUUAUUAUCUACAGCUUUUCACACACAAAAGUGAAUCCAAACAUUGGUCAACAGCCAUACAGGUCACACUGAGGGUGGCCGUAUAAACAACUUUAACACUUUUGCAAAUAUGCGCCACACUGUGAACCCACACCAAACAAGAAUGACAAACACAUUUCGGGAGAACAGCCGCACCGUAACACAACAUAAACACAACGGAACAAAUACCCAGAACCCCUUGCAGCACUAACUCUUCCGAGACUCUACAAUAUACACCCCCCCCCCCGCUACCCCCUACCAAAACCCCGCCCCCCCAACCCCGCCCACCUCAACCUCCUCAUGCUCUCUCAGGGAGAGCAUGUCCCAAAUUCCAAGCUGCUGUUUUGAGGCAUGUUAAAAAAAAUAAUGCACUUUGUGACUUCAAUAAUAAAUAUGGCAGUGCCAUGUAGGCAUUUUUUUCCAUAACUUGAAUUGAUUUAUUUUUGGAAAACCUUGUUACAUUGUUUAAUGCAUCCAGCGGGGCAUCACAACAAAAUUAGGCAUAAUAAUGUGUUAAUUCCACGACUGUAUAUAUCGGUUGAUAUCGGAAUAGGUAAUUAAGAGUUGGACAAUAAUCGGAAUAUCGGAUAUUGGCACAAAAGCCAUUAUCGGACAUCUCUAAUAUUAAUACAUGUUUCUUAAAUAAACUGUUAAUAAAAUUAAAGUGCAAAUGAAACUACAGCAUCCCCACUUUGGUCAUAUUUUUUGCGCUUAAGAAACUGCUCUAUGACUUUAGCUUCAGAGUUCUUCUGUUUGUUGGAGAUUGGCAUUUCUGCCACAAGUGGUGGAAAAGUGUAUUACAACUGAGUACUGCCGCGGCCCAUACAGCUGAGAAACAAGAUAUUGUUUGGCCGCCCUUUAAUGGGCGCUCGCGGCCCAAUGGGCCUUGGCCCUAUGGUUAAAAAACACUGCGUUGCAGUGUUUAUGUGUUUUGCAUAACAGGGCUAUUUUUUUAUUUAUUUUGUAGCUGACAAAAAAACAAAAACAAAAUGUCCACUGCAGAGGACACUGAUUGUCAGGAGCAUAUUGUAAGCUAUCUGAACAAAACAACCGUAUCUUAGCUUUUGUGUUAUAGGUGACAAAGCAAUUUAGUGUAAUAGCUAACCUUAUAUCUCAUUAACGAGCAAUUCAUUUUGCUUUUAGGAACUGCGGAGGGCCAAUAAAAAAACGAUCUGCGGGUCAUAAAUGACGCACUUAGGACACCCCUGCUUCACACAAACCCAACCAGUGAGUGUAGUAAAGUUUUAUGAUCAGGAGUUGGCAGUAAACCAACGUCUUUGUUGCUGUAAAGAUAGCUGGAAGGAAGUAAGUCGUUUUGAGACAUCAACACAAAUCCAGUCAAGUUGAUAAAAGCCUAAAGCUCAAAGUAAUAAAACACAUUAAAAAAAUGUCGUUUUUCAGGAAUUGGGCGAGAGGGACAAGCGGCAGAAAAUGGAUGGAGGGAUGGGAAUAAAUGCGUAUUAUUCUAAACAUUUUAACGCAAACUUAUUAGUAGAGAUGUCCGAUAAUAUUGGCCUGCCGAUAUUAUCGGCCGAUAAAUGCGUUAAAAUGUAAUAUCGGAAAUUAUCGGUAUCGUUUUUGUUUUUUUAUUAUCGGUAUUGUUUUUUUUUUGU